CGUCUGGUUCUCUUUUUACUUAGUGACUGACUGCGGGCGUCUUCUCCCACCCCCAUUCUGCCCUCCCAGACUCAGUUUGGUUCAGAAAAGAAAAGAAAGCUGUCCUGCAGACCCAGAGCUACAGGAAAGAACCCGCCUCGAGUAAUUUAUUUAGGGAAAAGAAAAGAAAAAAGCCUACGAAAGCUAAAGUCUUCCCCCACACCCUUCGCUUCCCCCCCCCCCUUCCUUCCCCUCCUCCUCCACCUCCUCCUCCAUCUUCUUUGAGCUGCUGAGAUUCUCCCACGUCCAGCCUCUACGCUGAUCAGGAGGAGAAAAAAGCUGUUCUCAGGAAGAUGGCGAGAAGGAGCUGCCACCGUUUUCUCCUCCUGCUGCUGAGCUACCUGGGGGUAGUACUGGGCUAUCACAAUGCAUAUGGAUUCUCUACCCCAAGAAACCAUCAAGUUGUUACAGCAAUAGAGUUUCAAGAAGCAAUUUUAUCCUGUAAGUACCAAAAGAAAACAUCUCCUUCAAGAUUAGAAUGGAAGAAACUUGGAUCCAGUGUCUCCUUUGUCUAUUAUCAGCAAGCUUUUCAAGGUGAUUUUAAGGAUCGAGCUGAGAUGCUCAAUUUUAGCAUCAGAAUUAAAAACGUGACGAGAAAUGAUGCUGGACAGUAUCGCUGUGAAGUUAGCGUACCAUCUGACCAAGGCCAAAACUUAGAAGAGGACAUUAUUACUCUGGAAGUAUUAGUGGCACCUGGUGUUCCAUUAUGUGAAGUCCCUAGCUCAGCUCUGAGUGGAACUGUAGUGGAACUAAAAUGUCAAGACAAACAAGGUUUUCCAGCUCCUGAGUACACUUGGUUCAAGAAUGGUGUUCAUUUACUAGAAAAUCCCAAAAGUGGCCACAAAAUCGCCAACAUCUCUUACACAAUGAAUAGAAAAACUGGAACUCUGCAAUUUAACAGUGUUUCAAAACUUGACACUGGAGAAUAUUUUUGUGAAGCUCGCAAUUCAGUUGGAUAUCACAAGUGUCCUGGGAAACAAAUGCAAGUGGAUGACCUCAAUAUAAAUGGUAUCUUAGGAGCUGUAAUAACUGUGGCCUUAUUGAUUUUAUUAUGUGGCCUCGGAGCCUGUUAUGCUCAGAAGAAAGGUUACUUUGCAAAAGAAAACUCCUUUCAGAAGAACAGUUCAGACCCUAAAGCUGCUAUGGGUGAAUGUGAUUUUAAGCACACGAAGUCCUUUGUAAUUUAGAAGACUUCUUCCUUUGAGACAUACCCAAACUACUGUUUGUUAAACAAACUAUUAAAAAUGAUAUUAAAAACCUG